AUGUCAGUGGUGCUCGAGUUGAAGGUGUUCUUGAGUAGAGGGUCAGCCCCUAGUCUGAUAGACACGCCACUGUCGCCAGGUCUUGUCUUUGAGCAGCUCGAUGGAGGACACUGUUUUGUGGAACCUCCACCAGAACGAUACGUCCAGUCAGAGUGUCCAGUUUGUCUCCAGAUCAUUCGAGAGCCCCACCAGGUCACAUGCUGUGGAAAGAAGUUUUGCAAAGCUUGUAUUGAGCACAUCAAAGCAAUUAAAAAGCCGUGCCCAACUUGCAACGAGCAAUUCAGUUCAAGUUUUGCCGAUAAAAGUUUGAAACAAUCGCUCUCCAGUUUGAAAGUUCGUUGUAGCCACCAGAAAGACGGGUGUGAGUGGACGGGGGAACUGAGACAGCUUGAUGAGUACCUCAACACAGAUCCACAGCCAGAGAAACAACUCGAUGGAUGUCAGUUUGUGGAGAUCAAUUGCAUCUAUAAUUGCGGGAACCAUCAGCAGCGAAGGUACAUUCAAGUCCACCAAAUUAAGGAAUGCCCCAAACGAUCAUUCAGUUGUGAGCACUGCCAUGAUUACAAGUCUACCUAUGAUGAUGUCACCAACAACCACUGGCCUGUGUUUGGGUCCUUCCCUGUCCCCUGCCCUAACCAGUGUCGUUUAACUAUCCAACGUCAGAAUAUAGACAGCCAUGUUGCCGAUGAGUGCCCCCUGAUCACCAUCAACUGUGAUUUCCACCACGUAGGCUGUGCUGUGAAACUCCCUCAACAAGACAUGCCAGAACACCUGAGAGAGAACCUACUCACACACAUCUCUCUAUUAGCCUCCAGUCAUGCCAAGCAACAAGCUGAGACUACACAACAAAGAGAAAAAAUCACCAAGCAACAAGCUGACAUUGCUACUUUAGUAGAAGAGAAUAUACAGCUAAGAACGAAAAAUGCCGAAUUGGCGCCAUUGCAAUAUAUGCUCACCGUGAACUCCGAACCGCUCGAUGCUCCUGUCCUUACAAUGAUCAACUUCCAACAGCAAAAGAGAGAUGACGAUGUUUGGCACUCCCCUCCAGUCUACACCCACCAUCAGGGCUACAAGAUCUGUCUCAGAGUGGAUGCUAAUGGCUGGGGCACUGGUAAAGGAACACACGUCUCUGUGGGUGUGUACUUCAUGAGAGGAGAGUUUGACAAUUCUUUGAAAUGGCCGUUUCGUGGAGUGAUUUCAGUACAACUACUGGACCAGGUCGAUGGCAAGAAUCAUGAAACAGGCAAAACCACCUAUGAUAACAGAACACCUAACACGAGUUGUGCCAGAGUGAGGGAGGGAGAGAGGAGAGUGGGGCGGGGAAUAGCAAGGUUCAUUGCUCACACUGAACUGGAGCCCAAGUAUUUACAAAAUGACACCCUUCUCUUCCAAAUACACAAAGUAGAACUGAAGUAG